AUGACCACCCGACGUCACCUCAAACCGAGCGUGUCGGGGAGCUACGGGGAAGAUGAGGUGGGCGCCGGUGGAUUGAGUGGGUUUUCGGAGCCCUCGAGUCCACAGAUGGUGGAGGCCAUGGUACCACCAACACCUCUCAACUCCGUUGUCGUCACUGAUACCGUUCUCGCACACCUCAUCUCCAUCAACGCGUCACCCCAGACCAUCCGCCGACUUCUUGAGGGCGCGGUGGCCGAGGUGACGAAUGGGAUGGAAGAGGAGCAGAGAAAACCGUGGCCUAAGACCGAACCGAACGACAUUUAA